UCGUCUCUUCCACGGUGGAAAAAGAAAACCAGGAAAAUGAGAAAUUAAAAAACAAAGGAUAUUUUUCAAAAACCAGCAAAAGUGGAUAUACUGCCAGUCAUCAACGAGGGAUAGAGGAGCUCAAGGCUCAAGCUCUCCUUAUUCUUACGAGAAAAGAAGAUUUUAAAAUUGAUUGAAUUGGAUGGGAACUCUGACAAGCUGUAGUUUUAGCACAGUGAAUUUGAGAGUCCGCUCAGGUCUCAUUGCUAACAAUUUGAGAGACAGGUUUCCAGCGUUUCACCUUGGAAACAAGAAGAAGAAGUUCUUUUUCUGUAGAGGGAUUUCAAAAAGGGAGGUUUUUUCUUCUAAUUUGAAUAUAAUUAGGUGUUUUAGUACUUCUAAUAAUAAUAAUCAUAAUGAUACUAAUAAAAAUUUAGAUAACAACAACAAUAAUGCGAAUGCGAAUGAGAAUGAGAAUGGUGUUCAAGAUUCCAGUGUCAAAACGGUGUCGCUUCAAGACAAUGAUGACCCAGCUGAUAACCCACCUACUUCUUCUGUUUCUUCAACGCCACCACCAACUAUAUCUCCAGUUGGACCAGCUUACAACAACUUCCAAGUUGAUUCUUUUAAAUUGAUGGAGCUACUUGGACCUGAGAAGGUUGAUCCAACCGAUGUGAAGCUAAUCAAGGACAAGCUUUUUGGCUAUUCAACCUUCUGGGUAACAAAAGAAGAGCCUUUUGGAGAUUUUGGCGAGGGCAUUCUUUUCCUUGGUAACUUAAGGGGAAAAAGGGAAGAUGUUUUCUCCAAGCUCCAGAAUCAGCUGGUUGAAGUCACUGGUGAUAAAUAUAACCUCUUUAUGGUGGAGGAACCCAAUUCAGAUGGACCAGAUCCCCGAGGUGGGCCACGCGUUAGCUUUGGUUUACUUCGGAAAGAGGUGUCAGAACCAGGGCCAACAACACUUUGGCAAUAUGUGAUUGCUCUUUUGUUAUUCCUUCUAACCAUUGGCUCGUCUGUGGAGCUAGGAAUUGCAUCUCAAAUUAAUCGUCUUCCGCCUGAGGUAGUGAAGUACUUUACAGAUCCAAAUGCCACCGAUCCACCCGAUAUGGAGCUACUAUUCCCAUUUGUGGACUCGGCUUUGCCCUUAGCUUAUGGUAUUUUGGGAAUUCUGUUAUUUCAUGAAGUUGGGCACUUUCUGGCUGCUUUCCCAAGGAAAGUAAAGCUAAGCAUUCCUUUUUUUAUUCCAAACAUUACUCUUGGCAGCUUUGGUGCAAUCACUCAGUUCAAAUCAAUUCUUCCUGAUCGGAGUACAAAAGUUGAUAUUUCACUUGCUGGUCCCUUUGCUGGUGCUGCACUCUCUUUCUCAAUGUUUGCUGUUGGCCUGCUGCUUUCAUCAAAUCCAACUGCUGCAGGAGAAUUAGUACAGGUUCCUAGCAUGCUAUUUCAAGGCUCCUUGCUUCUUGGAUUAAUCAGCAGAGCCGUUCUUGGUUAUGCAGCAUUGCAUGCUGCAACAGUUUCUAUUCAUCCCUUAGUGAUAGCGGGCUGGUGCGGCUUAACUACAACAGCUCUGAAUAUGCUUCCAGUGGGGUGCCUUGAUGGUGGAAGAGCUGUACAGGGUGCUUUUGGGAAAGGUGCACUAACUGGGUUUGGGUUGACAACUUACACGUUGCUUGGUUUGGGAGUGCUUGGUGGACCAUUAUCACUUCCAUGGGGACUGUAUGUUUUGAUAUGUCAGAGGGCACCAGAAAAACCAUGCUUAAAUGAUGUGACAGAGGUUGGGACAUGGAGGCAAGCAGCUGUUGUAACAGCUAUAUUCUUAGUGGUAUUAACACUCCUUCCAGUAGGGGAUGAACUUGCUGAGGAACUAGGUAUAGGUCUUGUAACCACAUUUUAAAAAGUUGUUGUAUAGAAUAAAAAGCCAAUUUUGACAAAUAUUGAUAAUCAAGUGAUAAUAAGAGGGGUGUUGAUAUCCGAUUUGUAUUAA